AUGACAGAUCUCAAAGAACUAAAACAACGUCUUCUUCAUCGAUACUACGUACUUCAUGCUAUCUAUGGCUUCUCCUAUGUCUUUACCCAUCUUUACAACCAACUAUCAAAUGUCACUCAUUUUUCUGAAUUAAACGAAGGUGAUUUAAAAGCCUAUUAUUUCUUAGCUGGUCUUUCGGUAUGGAAAGGAUUCAUGGCUUCAACUGCCGAAGAACUUGCCAGUGUAUUGCUUUUAUACGGAAAGGUCUUUACCUGCCUAGUUUUGUAUUGGGAGUAUGGGUUCUGGAAAUUUGUACUUUAUUCAAUUGGCUGGGGAGUUUUAUCUACCUUUUUCCCUCAGCCAUGGUAUCAGGGCCCAACAAAGAUCAUUGAAUUGAGUGAAAACAUGCUCCGGGAAAAGGUCCUCAAACCCAAGAAAAACAAGGGGAAGUCUCCUGCUUACUCUGAUGUGGAUGACAUAAAAGGACCUCGAAUUAUAGAACUAAAAUCCGACGAUGAAGAGGUCGAAGUUGAAGCAGCAGAUCGUGUCACUCCGACUUCCAAAUAUUGGGUUGUGAUGCUGUACGCAAAUUGGUCUGUGUCCUGUCUCAAUUUUGAAGGUGUUUUGGCAAAGUUGUCUUUAGACUAUGAUUGUAAACACAUCAAGUUUGGUAAGAUUGAUAUUGAUGUGUUCCCUGAUGUGGCCCAGGAAUUUGGUAUCAGUCGUGACCCUGCUUCAUUUGAUUUGCCCACACUCUUGUUGAUCCAGAAUGGAGUUGAGCAAAAGAGACUUCCUGAAUUGACAGUUACAAAAGAAGAUGCGGACGGAAAGCCGACUACUUCAAAGACAAAUGCAGCAAAGAAUGCAAUCACUCGUCUUGGUUGGAGUAAAAAGGCUCCAACUGUAAUCGACACCUUUAAAUUAAACAGACUUAGAGAUGAGAAAGUCUGAGUAGAACCACUACCUUAAGUAUCUUCCUUUUUUCUCUCUCUCUCUUUCUCUCUCCUUAUUCUGUAUUUUUGAAAUGGUUACAAAGAGAAGAGAAGAAUACCAACACAGUAUCUAAAAUUCGUCAAUACAAAAUUUUUGGCAUACAUACAGACCCAUAUCAAUACUGAAUAAAGUAUUCAAGAUUCUGCCAAAUCAAGG